CUCCACAUCACUACCAUGGCUACCACCUCCUCCCUUACUCAACCAAUCAGCGAGCCCUUCGACCUGCUUCGCCUCUCCCUCUCGGAGCGAGUCUACGUCAAGCUCCGUGGAGACCGAGAGCUGCGCGGUACCCUCCACGCGUACGAUGGACACGGCAAUCUCGUCCUCGCCAACGUCGACGAGACGGUUUGGUACCUUGAGCAGGGGACGGAACAGCUCAGAAGCGUCAAGCGUAGUAGCGAGAUGCUCUAUGUCAGGGGUGAUGGAGUUAUCCUGGUGGAUUUCACCGCCUUCGAGGACAUAGGAUGGCUCAGCACCACAGACGAGUUUUCACAUAGCGACAUCAGCAGCAGUGACAGUCCACGCGAUAACAUCACGGCAAGGGUACAUUGA